AUGCCGGCGGAAAAAGAGCGUCGCUUCUCCCGUCUCGCUGCGCUGCUGCGUCGUCCGUCGUCGUCCUCCUCCUCGUCCGCCAAGACCGCCGCCGCCGCCGCCGACCCAGCAGCAACGUCGACCUCGGCGACCGCCAGCGCCGCCAACAGCAUCACCACCACCACCGCCGCCGCACCCGCCAGCCAGAAGGACAAGAAGGAGGACCUCAAGACCGCGAGCAGAGCAGACGAGCAGGCCCUGGACGACGCUGUCGACAGCGACUCGACGCCGCGCCUGUCGCCCUGGACCUCGCUGCCCGACCAGCUGCCGAGUGCCUCCACGGCCUCCACCACAUCCACGACUUCUACGCCAGCACCAGCACCAGCACCAGCACCAUCUACAGCGACAUCUACGACAUCUGCAGCUGCAGCUGCUACGACCAGGGCCCGGCGCACUCCUCGACCAGAGGGCCACAGAUUGGGCGUGGAUUCGCGGCCCAACAGAGCUCCCUCGCUCUCUAGUCCGUCGCAGCAGCAGCAUCUGCAACAUCUGCAGCAUCCACAGCACCCACCGGGACAGCCAAUUGCUACGGCUGUACGGUCUGCUCCCGCCGCUAGACAAGUCCCCUCGCCGCUGAUCGAGUCCCCUGUUACCUCGAACCCGCCUCUGCCUCGCGCGAGACUGGUCAGCGUCGACAACGGGAAGGACGCCCGACGCUGCGACGACUUUGCCUUUGCGCCGUCACCAACCUCACAGCACGGCCGAGACCCUUCGCCUGCACAGCUCCAGAGCCGGAUCCAGCGCCAGUUUAGCCGUCGAGGGAGUGUCGGUGGCUCGGCUCGACAGCUAAACAGUAUUACUACUACUACUGCUGCUACCGGUGGUGGUGGUGGUACUGCUUCCAUCACUUCGGCGUCCUCGCUUUUCGACGACCCCCGUCAAGGCCUUCCCUCCCCUACCACAUCACCGAUAUCAGCAUCGCCCGUCUCGGCUGCUGCGCCCGGGAGAAGCCCCCAGAUACCCGAGCAGCUGCCAAAGGGGCCUCGACGACCUUCUCUUGCCGUCAGGAGGCAGUCUCUCGUCCCCGCGUCCCAGCAGCGGCUCAUAAACACCCUGCUUGAGCCACCAUACACCAGUGGUGUCGAGUACUUCCCCCGUUCUACGCCCACCAUCCAGUUCGACAUGAUCAACCGCAAGGUCUGGGUCAAACGGCCCGGCUCGUCUCCCACACUCGUCCUGGUCACGGAGGAAGACCUGGUCGAUGACCUCCGUGACUCCAUCCUCAAGAAAUACGCCAACUCCCUCGGUCGAACCAUCGACUCUCCAGAUAUCGUCAUCAGACUCAUCCAGCGAGAGCCGUCUAGCAGACACGGCCAGCUGGAACGAGUCCUGGGGCCCGAGGAACCGCUUACUCGCACACUCGACCAUUUUUACCCCGGCGGACAGACGAUAGGUGAAGCCCUCAUCAUCGAGGUGCCCCCACGACGGACUCCAAAGGCCUCCCCUCUUACCCCCUAUGCCCAUACAGACGACUCCCGGGGCAUGGAGCAACAAGGCGGCUACUUCCCGCCCAUGCAUAUGAUUACUCCUAACAGUGCUACUCUCAAGGACUCCAUGGGCUCUCCCCAUCCAAAUUCCAUGCAGGUCAUCAAUACCGGCCAGGUGCCGCCCAUCCCUUCGCCGGGAGUACGUGGGCCGUGGCAGCAGCCACCACAUCGAAGCAGCUACCAUCAAUACGCCGGCUCUCAGGGGCCCGGCUCUCUCCCAUCGCCCUCAAAUGACUCAGUGAAUCCUCAUCCACCAGCCAACGGCGUACCUACCGCCUCAUCACCCCCUUCUGCAGCAACUCCGCCCGCUCUCCCUUCAGAACCAGCUCCCAAAUCCGUCUCCCCUCCUUCUCGUGUCGCCUCCCCUCGUCCCAAGGGCCUUGAAAAGCUGAACAAGAACAGCAGCACCAACUCGAACCCGCUUCCAACCUCCUUACUCGACGGUGCAAUACCCCCGAUCAAUGUCCUCAUUGUCGAGGAUAACACCAUCAACCUAAAACUGCUCGAGGCCUUCAUGAAACGUCUCAAGGUCCGCUGGCAGACCGCUAUGAACGGCCGCGAAGCAGUCAACAAGUGGCGAGAAGGAGGCUUCCAUCUCGUGCUCAUGGAUAUCCAAUUGCCCGUCAUGAGUGGCCUAGAAGCCACUCGUGAAAUCAGACGGUUGGAACGGGUCAAUAACAUCGGCGUGUUCCAGCGUUCGGCUGGGCCGUCCUACUCCGCAUCCAUGGUUGGGUCGACGCCUACUUCGCCUUCUGUCGCGGAGACUCCAUCCUCCGAGUCGAACCCUGAAGACGAAGUCAAGCCCGAGGAUCUAUUAAACAAAGAGAACCAGUUCAAGAGCCCUGUCAUCAUCGUUGCCUUGACGGCAAGCAGCUUGCAGAGUGACAGGCAUGAAGCACUGGCCGCAGGAUGCAAUGACUUCCUGACUAAGCCCGUAAACAUCGUCUGGCUCGAGCAAAAAGUAACGGAAUGGGGCUGCAUGCAAGCCCUGAUUGACUUUGAGGGCUGGCGUAAAUGGCGUGGCUUCUCAGAUUUAAACAACAAUUCUUCUACCAUUGCCGCCACCAUCAGAAAGGGCAAAGAAAACGCCGGCCCAGCUUCAGACGCCACUCCUCGAAAACUUAACCCCAUAAAGUCACUCUUGGCAAAAUCGAGCAAUGGCAACCUCAAAUCUAAAUCACGGGCCGCGCCACCAUCUACCACCUAUGCAGACGGGACAGACGAUUCCUCAACGGUCAGCUCCACCAUCACUGUUGCCCCGAGGACGGAUGGCGGUUUGUCAACGCCCGUUGGAACUGCGGUUUCACCUGCAUCGUCUUCACCCACGCCCGUAGCUACGAGAAGAUUACCUGUAGCCUCCAAGACGCAAAACGGAAGUGCAAAUGGCUCUACGAGCUCACAAACUUGGAAGAACAGCCAGCGGAACGGUGUUCCUGUGGGAGCUGCGCCUCCUUGAAUCUGUUCACUUCUAUGUUAUGUCUUAUCUUCACCCAUGUUGAUAUCCCAUGCAUUCCUAUACAUACUUAACCAUCAUACCAUACCCACCCAGCACCAACCCUCGAAUGAUC